UGGGUAAAGCUGGUCCUUCCUAUGUUUCCCAGUGAGAAAAAGCAGGAAAAAGAUGGAUCUGCCAUGAGAAAGGCAGUUCAUCGCCUGCCCGCUUGCCGCCAGCCGUGGGGCUCUGGCGCUUGUGUUGUGACUGGAAGAAGAUGCUGCCAGCCCUUUUGAGCUUGGCUGUGGCGGCGCAGGGGCAGCGCCUGGUGAUCAAGAACAGCUGCGACACAGAGCCGCUAUGGAUUGCCCAUGAGGCGGGAGGCGGUGUGGGCCCCGACGACCAGAACCUCAAGAUCGAGCCGGGAAAGUCCUUCACUUUCACCACGCCUGACAACCUGAAGGCGACGAGGUAUUGGCCGAAGAUGGGUUGCGACUCUGACGGGAACAAGUGCCAGCUGGGCGGAAGUGGAGGUCCAUCAGAGAUCUGCGACACGAAGCUAGGCUGUGCGCCGCCGGUGGACACCAAGUUCGAGGCCACCUUCGGGCAGAAGGGUGAGGGCUGCGACCCCAGCAAGCAGGACUUCACUGGCUGCGAGUGGAUCGACGUCAGCAUGGUGGACGGCUGGACACUGCCCUUUAAGUUCGAGGUGACGGGUAGCUGUGUGUCAACCUCUUCUGGGAAAACGGUAAGCGACGUCAGCAUCGACUGCUCCAAGGUCUCAAUCGACGACUGCCCCACUGCUGAGAGCAUUGAAGGUGUGGGUUCCUUGGACCUGCGCCUGAAGCACCCGCAGACGGGGCAGCUCCUGGGGUGCUACAGCCCCUGCAGCAAGCUGACCCUCCGCAGCUGGAACAACACGAUCGCCAAAGACCACACACCCCAGGACGCCGUUGCUGCGCCAUACUGCUGUCCCACACCCCCAGAGUCGCCGGAUGCCUGCCGCAAGGGGCCCGUGGGGGAGACCCAAUACGUGAAGGCUGUGCACAAGAAGUGCCCGGGGGUCUAUGGGUACUCCUACGAUGACGGGAUGGGCCUCAUGACCUGCACCGCAGGGGCCAUCUACACGAUGACCCUCUACUGCCCCAGCUCCUUGCCGUCCCCCUCUCCAUCCCCGCCAUCCCCGCCAUCCCCGCCGUCCCCGUCUCCGCCGUCGCCGUCGCCAUCAAAGUGCUCAGUGGGAGACAGCGUAUCUUGUCCAGGUUCCAGCGCCCUCUGCGCGGGGGACGCCUGCUGUCCGGACGGCUCCACCUGCCCCUCGGCGGAGAAGUCCUACCAGGGAUGCUCCAAGCCAAAGUCGAAGGACUGCACAGAAGACCAGACCGAGACCAUGGUGGUUGUGUGAGCUGGAUGUAUCUGCAUAGACUUCAGGGCUGUGCAAGAACCCACCGCACAAUCCCCAUGCAUUAUUUCAGAUGCUGAUGCAUCUUGCGAGCAUAGCGGCUGUGGACACUUGGUUUGCGGCUGAUGUUCCACACUGCUUUUGGAGCAUCCCGCACCUUUGCUCAAGAAAAGAAGCGUACCGACCAAGGAGUGUGGCUUGUGAGUUUGCCC